CGUCGCGUGGCCCACAUCAUGACACGCGCUGAGUUCCCACAAAUCUUAGCCUCCUUUCAAGAAAUCCACCAUGGCUUCCACCGAGCUUAGACAAGAAGAUUCUAUGCCCUUGAAGAAUCCUUACGCCUGGUCCAAACCUUUAGAGCCCGAAAUCAGCCUAGACCAAUUCCUAGCAAAGCAUCGACCCUCGAUGGUUCGAGACGACGGCACGAAGCCGGUCCACGCCCGUGAGGCCUCAACAGAUAGCACUGAGGAAGCUGAAACCGCUGCAAUCGCUGAAGCAGUCGUUAUAUUGAACGAAGCUACUGAGAGGGUCCAAAGCAUCCAGAACGACGCGUCGAUACCCGUUCGUUCCAACAAGAAAACAGGAGCUAAGAGCAAGAAAGAAGUCUGGGAGCAGAUUCAAGCAGAAGCCGCCGAGAAAUUGAAAGACAUAGCACUCAAACAUGGAUACACUUGCGGCAAAUGGCUUGUGUUUGCGUCGUCCGAAAAAGUUGAUUCGAUAUGGUCGAGCGUCGCCAAGUCCCUCGUAGACGGUCCUCUUUCGACAACCAUGGCAUUUUGCACCAAAGUGGCGACGUGUCCACCUGACGAAAAGCCCAACUAUCAGCAUGUCCUUUGCAUCUACAUGCCUAAUGUAUAUGAUAAAGAUGCAGUCAUAGAGGUUAUGAAAAUCCUGCUGCGACAUCAUGGGUUAAACCUUAGUGGUGUCAAGACAGAUCUAUACACUAACCCAAGUAUUGAUCGCAAGCACCCUUCCGGAAUCUCUUCUACGAUUUGGAAAACCACGUCGUUGAUAAAGGAUACGGAGAUCAAGGGAGGUGCCAUGACGUUCUUGAUCGAGUUACGCGAUGCAUAUUUCAACGAAAAGCCCAAGCCCAAACCUAAGUCUAAGCUCAAACUCAAGAAGAAGCAAAAUGAUGAUCCUUUUGCCUCUGACGACGAGGAGGGCAGGAAGGAAGAGGAGGAGAGAAAAGUGGAGCUCAAGAAGAAAAUGGCUGAGACAAGGAAACGAGAUGACAGCGAUGGCGAAGAGGAGAAGCCGAAGAAAAAGACGGCCAAGAUAUAA